UCAGUGUUGUCCUAGUCCUUAAUUAUCCACCAUGCGGGCAUUAUAUUCGCCAAUUAUAUUGUUAGCGUUGAUGCAGAAAUCUUCUCUUUUUCUUUUAGUUUGUUCCCUCUGAAAAGUAGAUGCAUGGAUGGAUCAAGUUGUACAAAUUAAACUGGCUAUACUGCAGUAAAAGCGUUUUGGCACUAAUUUUUCCCACUUGCAAUGAACAGCCCUUUCGGUUAGAAUCUUAUCAUGCCUCUUAGGCUUCACGGUGAAUUCUCUUAAGUUCAUUUUCAGGCACGAGUGCAAAUGGUUACCUUUUUUUUAUCUCUAUGGAGAAUAUCAAGUGAGCGUUACUAUUUUUUUGUUUAAUUUAAUACCAUUUGCUGCGGAAUCAAAUGCCAUUACUUUUGACCAUGUCAAAAAUGUUCUUUAAUUUUCACGGGCGAGAACAAAAUUCUUCGUGCGUGUAUAAAUAGAGGCACGGCGAUCCUCGGUUCCAAGCAAGACACUGAGAACUAAUCCAGUUCCAGUAUUAGUUUUGUAGUGGAACACCUAAUUCAGGGGAUGGCGCACCUCAGGAAGUCGUCAAGGUAUGCUCAGGAGCGGGGAGACGAAGAAAUCACUUAUGGAAGAAUUAGCAAGGAACUAGAUGCCAUGCGGGUCUCACCGCCGCCUCACUGCAGUGCAGGCCUUGUUUCUGAUAACCUGUUCCACUGGAAAGCGACCAUCCAUGGCCCCUCGGACAGCCCCUACACUGGGGGCGUGUUUCGCCUCACCAUGAAUUUCCCUCGAAACUACCCGGAGAAACCUCCCGAGGUGAAGUUCAAGACUAAGGUGUACCACCCCAACAUCAACAGCAACAACGGCUCCAUCUUCCUGAACAUCCACCGGCUCAAAUAUGUUGGUGUAAUAAAUGUUUUCAAUUAUAUAUUGUUGUGUGACUGCGUACCCUAUUGUUGCUGCUAAGAUGUUGCCACACUACUAGAAAACGGCUCAUUU